AUGGAGUGUUCUCAGCCCUGGCGCAGGAGCCCCCUCGAAUGCCACUCCGUCUGGAUACUGGGCAGUCGCCUCCAGACCCGCGUGCAGCCCGCGGAGGUCCGCCGGCAGGGGGCGCAGGAGCCCGGCCUCUCGCGCGGCGACAACGGCGGCCGGAAGUCCCGCCCCGGUGCCCCGGAAGUGGGGGCGAAUGCGGAACCCCGACUCCGAUCCCGACCCCGGCUCUCCCCGCCGACCCCGGCCCUCCCCGCCGACCUCGGCCCCGACCCCCGCUCUCCCCGCCGACCUCAGCCCCGACUCCGAUCCCGACCCCGGCUCUCCCCGCCGACCUCGGCCCCGACCCCGGCCCUCCCCGCCGACCCCGGCCCCGACCCCCGGCCCUCCUCGCCGACCUCGGCCCCGACUCCGACCCCCGCUCUCAACCUGGCCUCGCCACCCCCCCUUCGCCGCCCGGCCUCCGCUGUGUCCGGGUCUGACUCCGGCGGCCCGGGAAGUCGCGUCCGGCUUCUGCAGGCGGUGGACACGGAGUACACCGCGGACUCGGUGGAGUGGUGCCCGCUGGAAGGCUGCAGGCACUUGCUGGUCUGCGGCACCUACCAGCUGCAGAAGCCGAAGCACCCGCGCGCCGACCCUGAGAGCAAGAGUGGACCGGAUGCUGAUGAGCCUCAAACCCGUUUGGGUCGUCUCUACUUGUAUAGUUUCAGUGAGGACAACUCUGCUCGCCCUCUGCUCGAGGUCCAAAGAAGAGACACUUCUGCAAUCCUGGACAUGAAAUGGUGCCACAUCCUCGUGGCUGGCCAUGCCCUCUUGGGCGUGGCAGAUGCUGGUGGGUCCAUAGAACUCCUCCGCUUGGUGGGGUCUGAGAAUGCUUACACACUGCAGCCGGUUUCCAGCUGUGCCCUGGGGAAGCAGUGUCUGGCCCUGUCUCUGGACUGGUCCACUGGGAGAACUGAAAGAGCCAGUGACCAGCCCUUGAAAAUCAUCGGCAGCGACUCCAAGGGGCAGCUCCACCUGCUGGAGGUGACUGAGGCGGGGCUGCAGGAGGUGGCCACGUGGCCUGCGCAUCACUUUGAGGCCUGGAUCGCUGCUUUUGAUUACUGGCGGACGGAAAUCGUGUAUUCAGGUGGGGACGACGGGCUUCUGAAAGGCUGGGACGCCAGGACGCCUGGCACGUGUGUGUUCACUAGCGAGAGACACUCCAUGGGCGUGUGCAGCGUGCAAAGUAGCCCCCACCGGGAGGACAUCUUGGCCACAGGAAGCUACGACGAGCACGUUCUGCUGUGGGACACUCGGAACAUGAAGGAGCCAUUCGCAGACAUGGCCGCACAGGGCGGAGUGUGGAGGCUCAAGUGGCACCCUUUCCACCACCACCUGCUCCUGGCAGCAUGUAUGCACGGCGGCUUUCAGAUCUUCAACCUCCAGAAGGCGAUAGAGGAGAAGCAGGAAGCCUACACGGUCUCUGUGUCUCACACGUUGCCCAACUCUUUGGUGUAUGGAGCUGACUGGUCCUGGCUCUACUCCGGCAGCCUGUCAGAGAUCCACCAGCCGUGCUGCUUGGGGACUUCUCCCUGCGGCAACUCAAGAGCCAGAGCGGCACCUCUCUGUAGCCUGAAGGCUGUACACCAGUCACCAGCAGCCUCUGGUCAUCAUUUAGCAGAGGACAAGGAAGAGGGUCCUUCCAGACUCCAGAGUGGCAACAAACAGAGGACCCCUCUCCAGCCACUCGCAGAGGACACGACGAAGAGUUGGAGCUGGCGGCACACUGCAGGGACCAAGGUCUGUGACUGUGACCUCUGUCUGGAAGCAGCGACCUUGAACACUGACCUCCUAGCCACUUGCUCCUUUUAUGAUCAUGUUCUUCACCUCUGGAAGUGGGAGAGCAGCUGAGCUAGGGAAGAGUUUGGUUGGUUUGAAGUCAGAAAGGCUACUUCCACAAAUAAAACCCAGAGUGUGACUUUGUGAGUGCCCUGCACGCAGACCCUCUCACUGGGUGUUCUCGUCCGCAGGGGACGCACCCGGCCCAGCGCAUCUAAGGCGUGAACAGUCAGAGAAGCUGUUGGCUUGUCUUACUCUGCUGGGGCGUUUCAAGGCGGGGACUCUGCCUGACAGCAAGGAGUGGAAGGGUCUUGGUGCCCAGCUCUCAGACCUGUCAAUCUCUUGUGGGAAUUGGGCGUUCAGUUCUUCGUGCUGAUUUAGUAACUAAAGGAAAGUGUGCUUUUCUCUUUUUUUAAUUUUA